AUGUGUCCGGUCGACAUCAAACUCGGAGAUGAUACCUACGUCACCGCCACCCACCACGGUACUAUUUCAGUUCAGAACUUUCAUCUGGAUGCCCUACAUACACCCACCUUCAGAUACUCCCUGCUCUCGGUGGGUGUUCUUGACAAACACGGUUACCACACUAACUUCGGCAACGGCAAAUGCGCAAUUGUGGACCCGCAAACCACGGCGACACUGCGAGGUCACAAGAACGGCAAUCUGUAUCAAGUCAGCGCG